UUUGAUACAUUUAGAAUCCGUUGAUCGGAUAUUCCAUACAUAUCUGCGAUACCCCUAUUGUUUGAAACGAUUAUACCUUGCAUACAUUUUCCAUUUGAGACCGUUGUCCGCUGGUCGAGACGACAUGGUUGAUUCAUACAAUACCGUCAUGACAGUCUCACCUUCCACUCGGCAGGCCCGAGAGAUGGUGCUUAAUACAAUAAUUGAAGACAUGCAAGUGACGCCAUCCGCUACUCAAGUCCCUGUGUCUACGGGAUCUUCGAAUUCGAAUCACGAGCGGAAGCGCCAGGUUCGACACUUCGAUGACCUCUAUGAUGCAACAGACAGCGAGACGGAAUAUGGAGAUGGCUGUCCCUCCCGGCACAAGAGUCGCCCGGCCAAGCAUGCGGUAUCUUUGGUCAGGGGUCCUGUCAGUGCCGUAGGCAGUAGAAACCGGUACCCAAGACUCUCCAUUCCUCCUGUCAUCAUGGGGUCUGCCAUGGAGAGUAGACAUAAGAAAUCUUCUGUGCCUCCGACGCCACCAACGAAAAUCCCGGUUUCCCCGGCUGUCCUGUCAAUGUUGCCGCAAUCUGUGCCUGCACUGCAUGCGCCACCAUCUCUCGACGGCAGUAGUGUCUCGUCUGAUCAGAUUUCGAAUAACAGCACACCUGUAACGCCUGAAAUACAUGCUGCUCCUGAGUCUCAGUGGAACAGUCAGCAUGUUCGAGUCGAUUCAGACCCAGACAUGGCUCAGAAUACGGCACCCACGAAUGUGUCCAAUCCAGAUGUCAAUAUCGCUAUCGAAGGUCGUCAGGAGGACUGGGAGCGUGUUAUAGCAAGCUUUCCGCAUAUCCCAAGAGCUGUUGGGAAUACGGUCUCGGAAUCUGUCAACAUCAUAAUUGAUGGACCAAUCGCUAGGACAGAAUCACCAUCUGAAAGCGGUGUUGCUCUCCCCGAAGGUGCAAUGGCGACACUGCGUCACAUUCCACUCGAUAUCACACCGGAUCCGUGGUCAGAAACUUCAGAGAACAAUGACGAGAUGUGGCAGUUGUCUGGUCCUUCUAGCCGGCCUAGAAGCGCAGAUGAUACUACCCCAGCGUCAAAUUUGUCCGGUUAUAGUUUCACAAACCUCAGCAUCCCAUCGCCGGGUGGCUUCUUCUCCUCUCUUGGCCCGAGGGCUAGACAUACAUGGUCUUUUCCCAAAUGGAAUAAUACGCCUACAUCAGAUAUGGCGGAGUAUUUCUACAUUGACCAAAGGAACGAGGGGGGUGGAGAGAUUGUUGAACAGAUAAUAGAGUGUGGAGAGCGUGUGUCCGCCGACGAUCAGCCCACGGCAAGGCAGUCGGCCUACAAUCCACCGACAGCAAUAAGAAUCCCUUCAGAUGCUACACCAGAGAGAUCGGACUCAUAUGAUGGUCCACUCAGUCCGGGGAUCCAAAGCGUACAGGAAAUCCUGAAGUCUGACAGAACCUAUGAAUACGAUGAAUCAUACGAGGAGGAACUCAAGAAGCGAGCACUAGCAAACCUUGAUCGCACCAGUGUCUGGCUUGCAGCCCAGACUUCUUAUCUUGCUGCGCUCCGUGACACAAAUCCAGUUAAUGAGGUAAACGAGGAGGCAGCCAAAGUUCAUACUGACAACGACGCACUCUCUUCACCUGAUGCUGCUCCUAAAAAGUCGGUGCGGUUCGCCGAGGCUGCAGCUGAUACUACCAUUCCACCGCCACCGAGUUCUGCUAACAAGGAUUCCAUAUAUUGGAAAGGAUUCAAGUCAGUGCUAAGCCGAACCCGUCACUUGGAUGCUUUCAUUCACGGCAACGCCCGCUUCGAUGCUGUCCAGUCUGUACGUCUUGGCCUUCCGGAUCGCCAUAUUGAUGGGUUGAUGGGAAAAUACGAACUCAUUGCCCAUGAGCGUCCUCCAUACAAGGGACCCUUCUCUCAGGCUCCACGAAACUCGGUGCUGGAGACUGUUCUGGCCGAGAAGGCCCAGUUCGCCAGGAUCGAAAAGGAGCAGACGAUUCUUUUCCAACUCUGUCAAUCGAUGUGGGCAAUGGAUGCUCUGCGCUAUUUGAACGGAGGUAGUUUGAUUUCGAGUCCCGCAUCAAAACGCCUCUCGAAGGCCACUGCAAAUCUUGGCAGCCCUGAAAGCGCUGGGAAACGUCGGAUUAGAGUUUUGGAUCUUGGUGGACAGUCCGAUUGUGAAUGGGCAUGGCAUCUAGCCAACGACUAUCGCAACGUCAAGAUCUACACUGUCGUCACCAAACAGCAAGCUGUCAACAAUGGCAUUAAGGGCCCAGCAAACCAUCGCACAGUAUCCGUACCCUAUUUAUGGAAACUCCCUUUCCGCGAUAACCAAUUCGAUAUCAUUUCAGCUCGUUCUUUGCAUGCUUUAUUGAGGACAGAGAGCCCAAUGGGCGAGACAAUGGAUGAAUAUGAUCUUUGCCUAAAGGAGUGCUAUCGCUGCCUGAAACCUGGAGGGUACCUUGAGUUUUUCGUCAUGGAUGCCGAGAUCGCUCGAGCGGGCCCCUACGCCUCUGCUACCUCUAUUGAAUUCUCGUUCAAUCUGAAGACAAGAGGAUACGACCCGAAAGCUACGAAGAGUUUUCUGACCCGGUUGCGGAGGGGCGCUUUCACCGAUAUCAAACGUGCCUGGAUGUUCUUGCCUAUGGGCGUGGAGCCGACGAAGCCAGAACCUCCUCGCGAAACACCUGAACCCCGUAUACCCAGUCAAGUGCUCGAACAAGAGGCUGUUCAGGGCCCAGUGGGUAGUACCGCUGAUAUCGCAAGCAUGACCGGCCUCCUGGGCGGAUGGAUGUGGGAGAAAUGGUUGCUCAAGCUUCAGAUGGAGAUGGGACGAGGACGGGAAGGAGCCCUUGAAGGUAUAGGCAGUGUGUUCGAUGAGGGUCGGAAGAACGGCGCUGGAUGGACUUGCCUUUGUGGAUGGGCUAUGAAGCCUAAGCGCCUACGAGAGGCAGAGGUCGCAGUGACACGAUAGCAUGCUUUGCAGUUUUGAUAAAACGGGGGAUUAGUUAGGCUUGGAGCAUCCUGCGUCUUCGAGGAGAGCCUAUAUAUAUAUCUCAGAGAAAUACAAUCUCAAUCAUUUCAAAUUUUUCUGGUUCAUUUGGGGUUUAUGAUACGGGAAACACAGACAGCGU